AGAAUUCUGCCUCCUUGAAAUGUUUUUACCUAAAACAUGAAUCAUUCUGUACUUCGACUGGCAUAAAAAAGUGAAAUUUCUUCAAAAUAAAAGCAUGUUCUGUCCGUGUGAUGUGUUUUAGAGGUCAGCGCUCCUCAACAGGCUUUUUGUGAAGUCACUAUCGGACAAAGCCCUCUCGCCUUUCCCAGCGCACACGUGUAACAACUGAUAAUAUGCCACAGUUAUGCGAUCAACAUCCACUGGUGAAUCUAACUUGUUUGUCCCCUUUGCCCCCCCCUGUAGCUUACUUGGUGACACAGAGACUUCUCCCUGAGGAGCCAAGAAGCAGACGGCUCAUGACUUCUGACCAGGACACGAAAGUUGUAGCUGAACCACAGGUGCAGCAAGUGCAAGAGGCAAAAGAGAACUCUCAUUUGGAAUCCGCCAAGGUUUCAGACCUCAACCCCAAUGCGAAAGCAUGGGCCAACCACAUGUUUAGCCUGGACCCCAGCGGGAGUGCUGACACCACCACUGCUGCCCUGCAGCCAUGGAAGGAAGGCUGCGAUAGUUUGGCUGACCCCGGCCCAGAAGGCUAUGAAGCCAGUGAAGACAAGGCCUACAAGGAGCCUCUACUAACCGACCCAGAUGAGCCUCCUCCGGUCUCAGUGAUGCUGGCCGAGCCGGCCCCAGCGGCCCCCGUGGCCCCCGUCACCCUGGAGGGCUCCGAGCCGUCCUACACAGAAUACUCUGAGCCUGGGCAACCAGGGCGUACAGGUAGUGAACCCCAGCAGGAGAAUCCCCAGGAGGGCUUGAGGGAACAGCUGAAGAAGACGUUGGAGUUUUGUCUGUCCAGGGAGAAUCUGGCCAGUGACAUGUACCUCAUUUCCCAGAUGGACAGCGACCAAUAUGUGCCAAUCGUGACCGUGGCCAACCUGGACCACGUCAAGAAGCUCAGCACAGACGUGGAGCUGAUCGUGGACAUUUUACGAUCUCUGCCGUUGGUUCAGGUGGAUGAGAAGGGGGAGAAGGUGCGACCCAAUCAGAACCGCUGCAUCGUUAUUCUCAGAGAGGUUCCUGAGAGCACGCCCAUAGAGGAGGUGGAAGCUCUUUUUAAAGGGGAAAACUUACCCAAGUUCAUCAACUGUGAAUUUGCCUACAACGACAACUGGUUCAUCACCUUUGAAUCAGAAGCUGACGCACAGCAGGCAUAUCAGUAUCUCCGCGAGGAGGUGAAGACCUUCCAAGGGAAGCCUAUAAAGGCGAGGAUAAAGGCGAAGGCAAUCGCAAUCAACACUUUCAUGCCAAAGAACGGAUACCGGCCGGUGGAGGUAAACCCGUACGCCCAGCAGCGCUACACGUCUUACUACAUCCCGCCGGUUUACAGCCCGCAGCAGCAGUUCCCCUUGUACAGCCUCAUCACGCCGCAGGCCUGGUCCGCCACACACAGCUUCAUCGACCCCACGCUGGUUGCACCAUUUCACAACAACCAGUUCAUCAACGGAUUUACCACGUCACACAGCUUCAAACCAGCGUCGUCCCCGCUCACCGUCAGACACUACUCGCCCAGGAACAGGACUCACAGUAAACCUCACCUGAGGCCGACGGUCCCGACAGCCGACCGCAGCACUGGGCUCCUAGACAACCCGGGACUCUUUCCCAGCUUCCCCAGCGAGAGGCUCAACGGUGUCCGGAGCAGUCCGCCGAUGCGACUCCCCACCAGCCAGCCGAGAACCAGGUUACCCUCCACCGCAGCCUUUCCGCGCAGGGACACCGUGGGCACGGGGCGAGUGACCGAGCCCUCCACCACAGACUACUCCCUGGGUAUCGGGCGAGGAAGGAAAAAUGUUUCUGCUUCUAGGAAAAAGAGGGACGAAAAGUUUACAAGAGCGACGCCUCAGUCGCCGCCGCCUCCUCCCAAACCCCCGUCCCCGAGCUUUGAGCUGGGCCUCUCCAGCUUCCCGCCGCUGCCCGGAGCCGCCGGGCACCUCAAGACAGAUGAUGUGUUCGACAACCGGCUGGCGAGCAGCGUCGUGGUUGGAACCGCCAAGGAACGGAAUGUGAGCGCUGAUUCCAGCACUGGAGCAGCUCUCUCUACAGCGGGCCCCAAGGAGCCGCUCCGGUCCUCCACCUCCCCAAUGCCCACAAGCUUCCAACCCUCACCGCCAGCCUCCAUCCCGGCCUCAGCCUCGACCGCAGCCCCAGCCCCGACAGUGACCGCCUCCUCCGGCGGCCCGCCACACAGUCCCGCUCCCUCCCUGCCAGCGGCGGAGGUGAAGGCGACGGAGACGAAGCCGAAGCCGAAGGAGGCGCCGUUAUCCGUGGAGCGAGUUCCAGGCACGCUGUCCACCGCGAGCAAAUCGGUGCAAGUCAACGGCGCCGCUACAGAGCUGAGGAAGCCCUCCUACGCUGAGAUCUGCCAGCGGUCGAAGGACGCCUCGACAUCACAGCAGCCAGCCAACCCCAAGGAAGCCAAGCCAGCGAGCUCCGCCCCUGCGGGCGAGGAGCGGAAGUGCCCCGACGCUUCCACCCCCGCAGGAGACGCAAAGGCCAGAGAGACUUACCACACUUCCUCCAAAGCCGGCUCGGCAGCAGCCGCCACCACCACCCCGGGCAGACCCCCAAGAGAGGCCCGGAGGCCGGCCGGGCGGUGGGCCUCGCCGCCCCCACACCCAGGGAAAACCCCAAACAAAGAUCCCCACCACACCCCGCCCAAAUCUCCGCAGUAAUGCGACCCCCUCUUCCUUCCUGUAACCACGCUGCGCUGAUGCGUUCAAAAAAGAGAGAAAAAAAGGAAAUAUAAGUCAGGGCUACUCGAUACUUCUAUCCCAGAAUCAGCAGUCACAAGCGAGCAGUGAGGACGCCUUCUUCUCUGGAUCAGGGCUUGCAGACAAAAAGCACUUUACUGUGCAUGUAGAGCACCGUUUCAUUCUUUUAUUCUAUUUAUUUGCUUUUUUUUUUUAUUUUCUGUUUUAUUUCUUUUUCUUUUCUUCUUUUUUUUUUGCAUUACGUAGCUGUGUCAGCCCGUAAGUUGGCACAGACAACACUGAAAUUUAUUCAUUCUGUCCAAAUGGCCUUGUGGGAUUAAAUUAGUCGAGUGUGUGUGUGUGUGUGUGUGUGUGUGUGUGUGUGUGUGUGUGCGGGCGCAGCAGCAGCAGCGGGGCAUUGUUUGGAGCCCCGCCUCCCGGGCGGAUGACAGGAAGGAGCGGGCACAACAGACUCCACCUUUGUUGGCGCUCAUAGUGAGGCGUUUGUUUUGCGUUUAAAGUGGCGGUGUUCUGCAGAUUAAUGUUGCUUAACUGAACGCCAUGACGUGUUUUUAAAUACAUUUUUCAUCCAUAUGCAAGAUGUCACAGCUAAAUCUCAUUACAGUAAGACUCAGAUCAUCUAGUUUACAUCAUCUCAAAGUGAUUUUACUGUGUUUGUUUCUUUUACUUCUCGAGGCUUUUUUUCUGUUUCUUUUUUUAGUUUCUUAGCUUCUCUGUUUUUGUUUCGGCUGGUAAUCAUCGCUGCGUUUUCUGUCUCUGAUCAUUUUUCUACUUUUAAAGAAUCAACUUCUUCAUCUGCUGUUUUUUAUCUGUUGUCGCUAACACUGCUAACCUGCUAGCCGUAGAGCGCAGCCCGCGUCUGACGGCUCAUUGGAAGAUCGAUGCUUUUUGCAGCAUCUUGACGGGAGCCCGCGUGGAGGAGUGCAACCAAAACUUUGCUUUGUGUCGGACCGUUAGAAGAGAGUUUAAGAGGAGUUGUGGUUGUUUUUAACCCCCGGGCUCCGUCUCUAGAUAUUUAGGGGUCUGAAGGAGUGAUGGUCAGUAAAUGUUUUCAAAUCGCUGCGGCUGCGGUGUCAUCUUUGGAGGUUGAUUUGUUGAUCUGAACGUCCGCCAAAACACCUGACGGCUUCAGAUUGUUUUUCUUCAAGUGUCUGACAACACAGAGAAAAAAUAAUUAGACCUUUCUGUUGACGAGUAAGACGCUACAUCCCUGUGAUGUCAUCCUGCCAUCGAACGUCUAUAAAAGUGGAUGACGUGUCACCACCUCCUGUUGUGUUAAAGUGAAGCCAAAACAGCUCAAGUCGGCAUGUGGCUUUGAAGGAGAUUUUCACAGUUAUGUAACGUUCACUGACUCUUGUGUUGGCGUUCGUUGUGUUUCCUCGCCUUUCAUCCUCUGUUCUAACGAUGCACACUUUAAUACACUGCAGCAACCGUAGUCGCCGAUCAUGGCAUUUUUCAAAGCAUCAUAUAACAAAUUAAAAUCUUAAAAACUUCUCUGAAAAAUAAACACAUGGACAUGAAUCAGCUUAAAAACUGAUCAUGGUGACAGAAAAACAUUUUAUUUGACUUGUGUUUUGAUUUGAUGUCCCAUCUGUUUACAUUGAGGAGGCAGAGCUUAUGAUGUGUACUGAAGCCAGCCAGUAGGGGGAGCUCCAACAAUGUUCUGCCGUCACUUUUUGGGAGCUCUUCCAUCUUUUAAAACGGUCUCUGAGUCAGACGCUUAAAGGGACAAUGGAAGCCUCAGUUGUGAUAUAAUAUAUCUGGAUUUUAAAAAUACCCCGAGUCGGCCCUUUAAGAGAGUUCUCGUUUCUCCAAUCGCUUGCCGUGUGUGAAGACAUUUCAAGAGGCGUUGGAGGCAGAGCACGCUUUCUACAGCGCGAGUGCUCUCUUCUCGUUUCUGUUUAUAAACAAACUAAACUGUGGACUGAAAAGCUUCAGCUGGCACAUACUGUCAAAGGACGACGUGGGGCAGACUCGUUUAGAAUCCAGCGGUGACCAUGAAACGACGGUUUUAGGGGAGGAAACACGGGCGAGCUGUUAAGAGAAAGGAAGACAUUAACAGUAGAUCAGAGGUUAACCCACGUCUGUGUUUCUCUGUGAGCGGAGAGGACGACGCAGCUGAAUAUCUGCGGAGGCAAAAAUAUUUUUUCUGUCAAUGACUGCGAUGAGUUUAGAGCGGCGUUUUGGUAAGAAGAGGCGGCGGCGGGAUGCUUCUCGUUCUCGACCUUGUAGGCAGUGGUGCAUUUCUCGUUCUCCGUUCUGGGUGUGGUGCCUCGACGUCGACUACAGCUCAUCUCAACCUGCUCGCAGGGAAACCUGUUUAAGUUGCACUGUUGCCGUUUUCUCCGACUCGGGAGCGGUUAAAUGUUUUCAGACGAUCCUAAAUGAAGCGUCUCAUUUAAAAAGAAAAAAAAAAAAAAAGGGAAUUGAUCUCGGAGAUGCAAGAGAAGAAAAUCGCUCUGUUUUCUUUCUUUUUUUUUCUCCAGGUGCAAAUGAACCCAAGAAAAAAAAAACGUGCAUCAGCAUCUCUGUCGACGUGGUCGCUCACGCCUUCUGCUUGUGUCAUUGCCCGAUGAACACAGAGAGACGGGUGCGUUGCACUAUUUUCAGGGCUGGUUGAAUAAUGGUUGCUUUAUCGCUGACGGGAGGCGGCGUGCUGUGGUUUUGGGAUGUGGGCCAUCUUGGUUCUGUAUCAACGACGAUUGUUUAGAGUGUGGAAAGUGAGAAGGUCGAGAAUCGAGAAUAUUUUGUACUGAAGUUAAAGCGAAGGAGGUAGAUGAUGAGUGGAUUGUUUUGGGGGAAUGUAGUUUGACUGUGGAAGAGAUUUUAGUUGCACAUCUUGUUGGGCUAAGCGUCACGAGGCAGAGAGAGAGAGAGAGAGAGAGAGAGAGAGAGAGAGAGAGCAGAGCGGUCGUGUGAAAUCUUUUUCCUCGCGGUGAAGACGUUCAGCUGCUUCUUUUCUUUGGUGCCGAGUCUUCAACAGAAAGGGUUGUUUCUUUUCUGACCACAUGCUCCCCGUCUUGGUUUCUUCUGGUUUGCACACUUUCAUUUGUCCAGAGAUUAAAAUAAAUAAAUGAAUAAAAAAGAUUGCUCGAAGCACACACACAAAGUCUUCUUCCUGCUUCACUCACACGUUCAUGGGACGGUGAAUUAAAAGCACAGAGUGGAAGGACUAAAAACAAAACCUUCUCACAUCCUUUACUCGCCUUUUAGUCGACAGGACGGAGACGCCGUACCUGCAGCCGCACAAUCUCUGGCUUUAGGAGACUUAUCGCAGCAGCAUUUGGCACGGCAGCGGUUUGUCUCCGAGCUGCGUGAUUGGUCGGAUUCUUUGAGUGAAGUAGAAAGAAUUCAGAUGCGAGGAGGAAGUGUUCAAUCUAAGAUUUGGACGUGACGUCUGUCUACUGUAGCAGCCACUUUGACAGAUAACCGAACCCAAGUCUUUGAUUUUGUUUUUUUAAACAAACAUCUGGUGAAGAGGCAAAAAUAACUGAAGAGUUUCCCCGAUGACUCUGAACUACGGAGAGAUAAAAGUUGACGUUCUCCUUCCCCGUGCAUCGUCUGUGUGCUCGAGUUAAUCUUCCACAGUUUUCACCUCAGAUGCAAAACAUCCAUAAAGAUUUUUUAAAAAAACACAACCCCACUACAAUAUAUAUACACACAAUAGAAACCUACACGACGUGGGACCUUGCAUGUCUCGCCAAAGUCUUCCUGCAACCACAAGCAUUCUGGGUAAUCCCACUGAGAGAGAGGCGGCGUGGAGAAGGGAACGCUUCAGUCACAGGCCUGUACUCCUGCUCCGAGCUGCUUUUGAAUUUUGGAAGCUAAAUCUUGAGUUUGCUUAAAAUGAUAUACAUAUAUAUAUAUAUAUAUAUUUUGUUUUAUUUUGAAGGACAGACGUGCACUUGGAUGGGUCGAUUAUUUUUGUUGUUUUUUUUUCCCAUUGGUGGAAAUGCAAGCAAAAAAAAAAAAAAGUUUAAAAAAGCGCACCAUAUCCACCGUUAUUUAUGAAGCGAUGCUGUUUAUUCCAUUGGAUUACAUCUUUAAGUUUUUCGUUUUUCUUUGGGAGAGAAUAAAGACGCGGCGGCGCACCUCUACGGCGCCGCCGCGCUCACGCAAAAUGUAAAGAAACAAUUCCAUCCAGUGUUUGAGAAACUUGAAUUUUAUUUAAACUUGAAAAAUGACUUUGCCUUAACUUUUAUACAAGACGAGCAUAGAGUUUAUUUCUUUUCAACAACAACAACAACAACAACAACAAAAAAAAUCCCCAAAAUGUUAAAAGAGGAGCGACGCGCGGGAGAUGUUGAGUCGUAUCGGGACGCCCCGAGUCUGACUGACAGAGAGAGAGAGAGAAGCAGCUUUUUCUUUCUCUUCCCUGUUUUUGUAAAACGUACGAAGAAGAAUCAUUUUGAUUGUUCCUUUUUUUUUGUUUCUUGUUGAAUAGUUUCAGGUUGUGUUUUUUUUGGGGGAAGGCGGGCGGGGCGGCGGGUGGCGGGCGGGGGAUUCUAAAACCUUGUAAAUGCAAAACUAGUCGAUACUGUAUUAAAUCUGUGCACUUUGAAGUGUGUGCUUUGCUUGUACAGUUGUAAAUACUCAGAAAAAUAUAAGAGGUACCUUAAAAUGAUUAUUAAAAAUAUAUUGAUCUUGUUGAAUUAUUAAUGUCGCUGUCGAGCUGGAUGUAGGAUUUAAAAAAAAAAAAAAAAAAGUAAAUGUUGUGCUUCUUCGGACAUAUUUUCGUUUAACUUUUUUUUUCUUUUUUUUUUUUACUUUUAGUUUGGGUGAAUUCUGCUCCUCUUUGCGGGGGCGCGCAGGUCGUCUGAUUGUACUUGUUAUUGUUUUGUGGUCUUUCAUUCCAUUUACCUGUGUGGUCGCGUGCACCUGGGUGUACAGGUUGCGACCUUAGCCCCUCCCCCUCUCCCCCCCUCACUGUGCGCUAAUUGGAAAAAAGAGCCUGUGGUACUGACGAGCCUCUUCAUUACAAAGCUGCGUGUCCACCAGCGUCCUCUUUUCAGCUCUGGCUUCUCUCGUUUACUCUUCGGGUGGGGAGGGGGAAAAAACACUACAUCGAUUUAUAACGGUCAGCUAGCAACAGAAGCGCACACACACAGAAGUGCAAAGUCGGCCAUUUUAAAAUACUGCUGUUAUAAUAUUGAAUAAAUUAAAUUAUUUAAAAAAACACAUUCAAAGAGAGGGUAGACUUGUUGUAAUUCCAGCAAAUCACACCACUAGACGAAAACACUAACUGUAAAAAAUAAAUAUACCACGUAGGUCCCGACCGAUGUUGCGUUUUUUGGGGCCGAUACCGAUGUUGAAAAAGAUAUCGGCCGAUAUCUUUCUUAGAUCUAUGUUCCAUCUGUACAGAUGAAUAUUUAUACACGUUUAUUUUGUUGAUCCCUCAAAUGCAGUCAUCAAACACUUGUGGAAAAGAUAUUUAACAAAGACAAGAUGGUCACUCGAUUGGAAAUCCAUUGUAAUCCAUAUAGCGCCCUCUGCUGGUGAAAGACAACUGUCCAACAAUACUCAUUAAAUGCUAUUUGACUGCUGAAUAAAUCUAUUAAUAUCGGUGCAUAUCUGGGAUAAAAUUAGCCGAUAACGAUAGUCACUAUGCUAAUAUCGGCCGAUAUUAUCGGCUAUGCGAUUAAUCGGCCGGGCUCUAUUUUUACACGUUUAUACAUACGAGGUUGAGACUAUGUAUUUUGUUCCUCGUGUCCAUGAAACAUGGACAGCAUGAUUCAACAAUAUCUCAUGUUCGAUGACAUGAAGACGAUAGAAAGCUGAAGUUCUGCCUCAUUUUUAAAAGCCCGAUGUUUCUGUCAUCAUCUUCGUUAAAUUGCUGAAACGUUACUUGUGAUUUUCUGUCCAUAUUCAACAAUGGAGUUUUUAAUUACACCAUUUUGUUGUCAAAGUCGAGGGUAAUCACCUCAGGAGAUAGUUUAUGAUUAUUUGUGGUGGGGGCAGGGUGGUGAAAUGAAAAGAUAAAUAUCUGUUAGUAGAGCUGGAGUCCUGAUGUUUUUAGCCUAGCUUAGCAGAGCUAGCUUGUAAAAUGUGGUGUUGAUGCGUUUUUUUACUUUUUGUGUUUGUUCCAACGUUAAUCAAACACGUUUCCUUUCAAUCUGGGAUCUCUGGAGGCGCUGAUUGGCUAAUUUUGAAUCUUUUAAUCGAGCCAGGCUACUCUAGCGGUUUCCUAUUACGCCCAGUUUAACGCUAAGUAAGGCUAACCACUUCCUGAACUCUUGACUCUGUGCUGAACAUACACGUAAAAGUGACAUUUUUCUCAAGUAAACACUAAGGGAGUCAGCUUAUUCAGUGAAUUUUGAAUAGUUUUAUUUACCAACGAUUAAAUAUUUCUAAGGGUGCAACUCCCACAUGUAGCAUCAACUAGCUAACUCUUCAGACUACUCAUUAAAUGUCUGAUUUUCUGCACAUGUACCUACUCGUUCUUAACGUUUAUUUUUCCUUUAAACUAGACGUACAAGAUCUUGGCUUGAAUCAAAUAUAAAAUUGGCAGAAUUUAGUUAAAAAUUAUAUUCAUAAUGUUCAUAAAUCAGACCAGAAAUUGUCCCUAAAAGUUGUGAUUCCUUCAGAUUUGGUGAAUAAUGAAAAGCUCUCCCCUGCUCUUCUCGUCACUUGCGUCCAUCUGCUCUUAAAUCGUGUAUGAAUCGCUCUGACUUAUGGGAAAUGUAGUAUUCACAUUAAUUCAAUGGUAGGGAUGAAGCAGAUUUGGUUGAGGCUUUUAUUUUAGGGUUUUGCUUGAAUGUGGACAGAAAAUUAACAACUUAGUUUUAGUUUUCAGGCCGAUGUGAAAGAAACAAAAUCCGGACACAGGAAGUGAUCAAACUUCAGCUUUCUAUCUUAUCUUAAAAGCCAGCUAAAAAGACGGAUGCCUGAUGGACACGUCCCGGUUUUGUCUCCUGUCUUAAGACUCGCUGUGCUUCAGGGCGAUCUGAAGUCUGACGCACAAUAAAGCACAUUUCAGAGCUUUUCACAUCUUCAGCUUCUGCAGCACCCGACACUCAAAAGUGGGAGAGUGUUUCGCGGCCGGCAAAUUUUAAGGGCCCGCUUGAUUGUAAAUUUUGGCAACAUUUCUUGAGUAAGUUUUUCGAGGGGGAAGCAAAUGUUUUGGGUUGUUGUCGCUGCAGAAGGCUGGGCUUGAAACUUCCCCACCAGAGUGUCGAUGCAGAUCUGUGUUGUAAUGUCGUCCUCUGAUUUAUCUGUUCAUUCAAGGUUUUGUUUUUUUUGUUAAUGUUUCAUCCGCUUUCAUCACUCCCCCUCCUGAGAAAAAUACAUGUACGAGUUAUUUUUAAGUUUUUGUUUUUUUGGGGAGUUGGGAACAGAAGCAGAGGCUUUACUGGACCUUGUUUCAUGUGUUUUCAGAGCGCGUGUUUCCUGCACUCAUUGAGUGGAGGAACGUGCGCCGAUGGAGAUAUCUGUUAAAAACCAUUUGAUCACAUGUGGACUGCAUUUUGAUGUGGCAAAGAAAACCAAUACCUGUGCCAUUAUUCAGCUGUUCUUUUUGUCUUUACUGGGCGGUUCAACCUGUACAUAGCUGAGCGCUUGCCAUCUCGGCUUUUAGUUUUGUUUAGUUUUGUCUUUUUUUAAGAUGUGAUUUUCUUGUUUUCAAAAGUCCAUCAAAGGCUUCUCGCAUCAGGAGAAAUCUACAAUGUGACACCACUGACUGUAGGAGCAGUUUUUUGUUUUUGUGCGUCGUAACUUUGCGGUCGAUCCCUGCCGAGGUCGCGGCAUGUUUUCGACCUCUGAACAUUCAAACUGGGCAUCCCUGAACUGUGAAUGUGUGCAUGUGUGGAAUAAUUAAAAAUGUACCACCCAGAAAAAAUCCCGACCGACGCAAAGGUGACUCUCCACUGAAGGCCGGUACCUCAGACUGCAUGGUACCGCUGGUGGAGGGGAUCUGUCACGUUGGCGGCCGCGAGUUCUGCACGCCUCUCCUGUAUCAUCUCCUGUACGCUUCUUUAGGUUAGCGUUUUGAGGAGCUCCUUUUUUUUUUCUUCUUCUCAUGGACUUCCACACGGAGCCUCAUAUCAGCCUGUCGGUCGCCUCAGCUCUUCGUCUCCUCCCUCCUGUUCGCCCGUUUUGACAGUGCCAUUUUUUAUUUCAUUUUUCCCCUCAAGGGUUGCAUCUUGUUUAAAAAUGGACGCUCUUGUUGGUUGUUUGUUUUUCUUGAUUUAAAAAUUAACGAAUGCACACCGAACUGACUGGAACAAGACUCGAUGUCUUCUUCAACUCACUGUGGUUUAACUCAUUAACACUCGUACCGUGCUACGCUAACAGCUGUGGACAAUCGAUGACCCCAUUGUGUUGGGGUUGGGACAGAUGACUUUGCCUAACGACACCUUUAACACGUGGAAGGAGGUUGUGUUCCAAGAGGGCUUCUUCUUCUUUUGUUUUUCAUCUUUCUGUUGUUUUUCUUUAUUUUAUUUUUUUGGUCUAUUCUUCCAUCGAGACUGGAAUCAAGCGUACAUGUCAGCUAUAGAUAAUUUAAGUUACUCUGUGUCAUGAUGUAAAACUGUCUAAUUUGGAGAAAAAAAUGUAGCUUACUGAAAAAUAAAGAUUUAGGCACUGUUGAGAA